UUCCACAUAGAGUGCUCAUCAUCGACAAAGAUAGCCACAGUAGUCACAGCUCCCAUGAGCUAGAAGUCUGUAGUUCACAGAACUGCUACUCCUGCUUUGGACCCAACAGGAAGGAAAGAGAACACAGUCAGUUUCUCAAACCAAAAAGCAAGAGAGACUUCCUCAUCUCCAGGGUAUGCUACCCUGGGCUCCACUCCUAAGGUACAUCAAAAGGUGACCUUUGUGGAGCCAUUCCCAGUCUGGUAUUUGGAGGAGUGGCGCAUUUCCCAGAAAACCUAUCCUUAACCUGAUGAGAGAGAUGUCAGGCUAAGGACAGAGUGCUGAAGGAAGCUGAGGCAAGGAUCAUCUCCUCCAACCUAAGAUGCAACAAGACUGUGCCUUGACUGCAGCAGAGGGUCACUAAGCUCUGGACGACCCGUACAGCAGUAGGAUCGUUGUAUGUGGGUGUAGGGUGGAGGUGGCAAUGCUAGUGCUACAGAUAGAGGGAGUCAUAUUACAAAGUCAAAAAAGGAUCAAAAAAGGUACAGGAGAAAUACUGGUGGGAAACGUCAUCCCACCCCUAAGACGUCAGGUGUCCUAGAGCAAAGUUGAUCUACUCUAGCUAUGAUUCAGGUCUUGAACCAGAUUACCUUUUUAUUUACAUGACAACUGCUAUAGACUCCUAAAAGAGUUGGAAGGUCAUCUAGAGGUCAUCUAGCCUAAUCUCCCACCUCAUGCAGGUCUACUGUUCAUAUCAUCCCUGACACGGUUGGUUAGUCUUUGCCAUCCACGGGGAGCUCAAUGAAGUAUUUCAAGUAAAACAAGCUAUUUGUAUUGUUUUUUUUUCUUCAAAUAUCCCUUAGUUUGCAGAUUGCUUUUUGCCUGAUAAAAUAUCUAUCUGGGACCACACCUUACCUUUGGAACCACCUCCCCAAGGUGGACGUGUUUUUGUCUUUGAAAGAUGACCAGUGAAAACACUCACCAGGUGGCAGAGAAGUUUUGGAAAUAAUGACUUAAGCAGAGACAAACUCUUGAUGUUUUCCCCUCCCAAAGAGCGUGACACAGUGAGAAAAAAAAAAAGAACAAAAAACAAAGAACAAAACCACAAUCACCAAUGAAAUAAGAGAGGUUAGCUCUUUCAAGAACUCUUAGUCACUAUUCUUCGGAGGCAUCGAAGCCAAAGUAAUAGGGGAAGCUGUUUGGUGGAAUGAGGUAAAACUAACCAAAUUCAGGACCUGGUAAAUAAAGGAAAAGAAGAUGACUCAAGAAGUCAAUCUGAAUUCCCUCAAGGAACUGGAACGUGAGAUGGUACUUCAGGUGUUGUACCGAGAUCAGAUGGUGCAAAAGGUUGAGGAGGAGAGGAUAAGGAAGCUGAAAUUGCACCUGCAGGAUCUUCGAUGGAGACCAGCGAAGAACACAAAUCAGGAAUACAAAGAGAAGUUCUGCGCACGGUGCCAGAAAUCUCUGGGCUUGGUGAUAAACCGAGGAGGUGUAUGCCAGGGCUGCAGCCAUCGAGUAUGUUCCGAGUGUCGGGUCUUCCUGAGGAAAACCUACAUGUGGAAAUGCACUGUCUGCUUCGCUGAUGGAGAUGUAAAAAUAAAAACUGGAGAGUGGUUCUUUGAGGAACGAGCCAAGAAAUUUCCAGCUGAAAGCAAACAUGAAACAGCUGGUGCUAAGCUCUUGAAAUCUUAUCAGAAACUGAGCAAAAUUUCCGUGCUUCCUCCCACUCCACCACCUGUCAGUGAGAGCCAUUGUGGAUCCAACACAGGGGAACUUGGUCAGCUUAAAGGAUUUAAUAAAUCGAUGGAAAAUUUGUUUCUCUCUCUUACCACACACAUAAAAAAAAUCUCCAAGUCCCAGAAUGACAUGACUUCUGACAAACAUCUUCUAACAACCAAUUACAGGGAGGGUAUGGACCAGAAGGAGAGGAGAAGCCAAUCUGACACUGCCAUCAACUUGACAACCAGGACUGUCAGCUUAACAGAUCAUCUUAAACUCAUCAACCAAGAGGAUGAUGAAAACUUUAUUAAUCCCAUUUUGGAGCAAGAAAAUAUUAUACCUACUUCUACUCAUAGCAUUAUGUUCUCUGGUGGCAUCAAACGUGGAAGUUUGGCGAGCAUUAGCAGCACUUGUACAGAGGUGGGCAGUUUUGACAACGCUGAUGUAACUGGAGAAAUACUAUUCGCCCUUCAGUAUGACUUUAAGACUUCUACAUUGGAAAUCUGCAUCAAAGCCUGUAGGAACCUAGCCUUUGGAGAAGAAAAGAAGAAAAAAUGCAAUCCCUAUAUAAAGACCUAUCUGCUACCUGAUAGAGGCUCUCAGGCCAAGAGAAAGACAAGUGUCAAAAAGAAUACUGUGGAUCCUCUCUUUCAUGAGACUUUGAAGUAUCAUGUGGAGUAUUCCCAGUUGCAGACCCGGCUGCUCCAGAUCUCCGUGUGGCACUUGGGGACACUCACCCGGAAAGUGUUUCUGGGAGAAGUUUUGAUUCCUCUGGCUUCCUGGAACUUCGAAGAUAGUACAGCACAAUCAUUCCACUGGCAUCAGCUCAAAGCUAAGAAUUACAGAAUGGCAGAAUGUCAGAGUUGGAGGAGACCUUGGAAGCCCUCUGGUCCGGCCUGUACCUGAAGAAUGCCCUCUCAAACAAACACGCCCUGCCAGUGUGCGUCCAGCCUUGCUUGAAGAGCUCCAGGGGAAGCCAUUCCACCCAAGGCUGCCCACCCAUUUCCACUUUGACAUUGUUCUGUUUGCUGGGGAUUUUUGCCCAACAUCAAGCCUAAAUCAGCCUUUCUGCACCUUGUGUCCAAUGUUUAUAAUUCUACUCCCCGAGGUCAAGUAGAGCAAGUGACAGCCUUCUGAUACUCAAAGACAGCUAGCAUGUGUCCCCCUGCCUUCUCUUCUUCAGGUUAAACAUCCCUGGUUCAUUCAAUUGACUCUUACAUGGUAUGAUCUUGUAGCCUUUCCUAAUUCUGGUUGCCCUCUUCUGGAUGUGUCUGUCCGUGUCCUUAAAAUGUAUGGCCCCCAUCUGAACAAGUGUUCCCAGUAUGGACUGAACAGGGCAGAGUCCACAUGAUUGAAAUAGCUUUUAUUGGCCACAGUAUCAUACCAUUGAUGCAUAUUGACCUUGUAGCCUACUAAGUCCCACCCGCAACCCCAAUCUUUUUCUGAUAAACUACUAUCUGGCCAUGC